UCACGGGAGAGGCUGCGGCCUCCGCCACAGCCCCGCCGCCCUGCGAGGGGCAGGCCCGCCGCCGCUUCCCGCUUCCUCCGGGCCCCGCAGCGCUGCCCUCCCGCCGCCGCUUCCACUCCUGCGCACUGGGGCGGGCGGCCCAUUGCGGCCCCCAGGGGAGCGGCUGCGGCGGGGCCGCCGCCCGCGCUCGCCGGGCAGGAUGGCGGCUGAGGGCCGGGUGCUGGCGCCGCCGCUCCGCCCGCCUUCCCCCGGCGGCGGAGGGGCCGGAGCCCCCGGCGCGGUGCCGGGGCCGCUGCUCGCCGCUGAGGUGCUGGCGUUGGACGAUGAGGAGGACGACCUGGAGGUGUUCAGCAAGGAUACAUCACUGACUGAGGUAAACUCAUUCAGUUCUUCAGUGCCAAUAUCCCCCUCAUCAAUGAGAAACCAGUAUAAAUUGGAAGAUGAACCAGAAUUAAGAGAUCUCUUCAUUACAGUCGAUGAUCCUGAAAGCCACAUUACAGCCAUCGAAACGUUUAUUACUUACAGAGUAGUCACAAAGACAUCCCGGGGUGAAUUUGACUCCAGUGAAUAUGAAGUUCGAAGACGGUACCAGGAUUUCCUUUGGUUGAAGAGCAAACUUGAAGAAGCACAUCCAACACUGAUUAUUCCUCCAUUGCCUGAAAAAUUCAUCAUGAAAGGAAUGGUGGAACGAUUCAGUGAUGAAUUCAUUGAGACUCGAAGGAAAGCUUUACAUAAAUUCCUGAACCGUAUUGCUGAUCAUCCAACUUUAACUUUUAAUGAAGACUUCAAAAUUUUUCUUACUGCACAGGCCUGGGAACUCUCCUCCCACAAGAAGCAGGGUCCUGGUUUGCUGAGCAGAAUGGGACAGACCGUCAGAGCUGUAGCAUCCUCAGUGAGAGGAGGAGUUAAAAAUCGUCCUGAAAUGUUUACAGAAAUGAACAAUUACAUGGAAGCAUUUAGUCAGAAAAUCAAUGUACUUGACAAAAUCGCUCAUAGAAUUUACAAGGAAGAAAGGGAGUAUUUUAAUGAAAUGAAGGAAUAUGGCCCCAUCCACACACUGUGGUCAGCAUCAGAAGAAGAUAUAGCAGAGUCCCUAAAAGGUGUUGCCAGCUGCAUUGACAAGUGUUGCAAGGCUACAGAGAAGAAGAUGGCAGGGCUCUCUGAAAACCUGCUGCCCAUUCUACAUGAAUAUGUCCUCUACAGUGAAAUUCUGAUGGGUGUUUUGAAAAGGAGAGACCAAAUUCAAGGCGAGCUCGACUCCAAAGUUGAUGGCAGUAAAAAGACAGAAAAGGAUCUGUUCUCAGAAGAGAUUGGGAAACUCGAAGACAAAGUCGAAUGUGCCAAUAAUGCCCUGAAAGCAGAUUGGGACAGGUGGAAGCAAAACAUGCAGUGUGAUAUGAGAUCAACGUUCACUAAUGUGGCUGAGAAUAACCUCCGUUAUUAUGAAGAGUGCCUUGCUACAUGGGAGUCCUUCCUAGCAUCUCAAACAGUGGAACUUCAUAUGGAAGAAGAUUCUGAAGACAGACCUUGAGUAAUAUCUCUGCUCAACCUCUGCAUAGUCCAUGCAGUUUUUCCCGACCAAAGUGCUUUAUACAAGAUCAAAUACAUCAUUAAAUUUAACUGUUAAGAAUCAGUGAAGCCAGCUUAUUGAAAACUCAGGUAUUCUAGUCCUGAAGUACAUUUUGGAACAUGCUAUAUAUUGCUUUAUAUUGCUUAGCUGUGAUUUUACAUAUUUUUAUGCAAGUGUUUGCAUACAAUCGUUUUCAUAAAUAUUGCAUAAUUUGGAUAUAAAGUAUUUUAAAAAUGUGAAAAUAGCUCCAUUUUAAUAAAAAGUUUAAUAAGAAAA